GCAAAUGUUUUAUUUUAUAGGAACUUUGAACCAAAAAAACUGGGGAAAGAAAUAUUCAGCCUGUAAUGGUGCCAAACAGUCUCCUAUUAAUAUAGAUGAAGAUCUUACCCAAGUAAAUGUGAAUCUGAAGAAACUUAAAUUCCAUGGAUGGGAAAAGGAAACUUCGGAAGAUACUUUCAUUCGCAACACUGGCAAAACAGUGGAAAUUAACCUGACAAAUGAUUACUAUGUGAGUGGAGGUGGGUUAGACACUGUGUUCAAAGCAAGCAAGAUCACUUUUCACUGGGGAAAAUGCAAUGUGUCAUCAGACGGAUCAGAACAUAGUUUAGAAGGACGAAAAUUUCCUCUUGAGAUGCAAAUCUACUGCUAUGAUGCAGAACAAUUUACAAAUUUCGAAGAGGCAGUUAAAGGAAAUGGAAAGUUAAGAGCUUUAUCGAUUUUGUUUGAGAUUGGACUAGAAGAUAAUCCGGAUUAUAACCCAAUCAUUAAUGGAGUAGAUAGUGUUAGUCGUUUUGGAAAACAGGCUGCCUUAGAACCAUUUAUUUUGCUGAACCUUUUGCCGAAUGCAACAGACAAAUACUACACUUACAAUGGGUCUUUGUCAGCUCCUCCCUGCUUUGAAACAGUUGAAUGGAUUGUGUUUAAAGAUACCAUAAGUAUUUCUGAAAACCAGUUAGCUGUAUUUUGUGAAGUCCUUACAAUGCAGCAGUCUGGCUAUGUUAUGCUGAUGGACUACCUGCAAAAUAACUUUCGAGAACAGCAAUAUAAGUUCUUUGGGCAAGUGUUUUCCUCUUACACUGGACAAGAAGAAAUUCAUGAAGCAGUUUGCAGCUCAGAACCUGAAAAUGUUCAAUCUGAUCCAAAGAAUUAUACCAGUCUUCUCGUUACAUGGGAAAGACCUCGGGUUGUAUAUGACACCACAAUUGAGAGAUUUGCUGUUUUUUAUCAACAGUUGGAUGGAGAAGACCAGACUAAGCAUGAAUUUCUGACAGAUGGGUAUCAGGACUUGGGGGCUAUUCUCAAUAAUCUGCUGCCCAAUACAAGUUAUGUUCUUCAGAUAGUUGCUGUUUGCUCUAAUGGUCUAUAUGGAAAAUACAGUGACCAAGUCAUUGUUGAUAUGCCUUUGGAGGACACAGAGGCUGACCUCAUUCCUGAACUGAAUGAAACUGAAGAAUAUGAGGAUGAAGUUGAGGAAAAGGAAACAGAGGCAGAGGAAGAAACUGCAGUGAUUCCUAGUACUGACAGUAUGAUAAACCAAAUAAGAAAAAGUGUCCAGGUGACUACAUCUAGCUACAGUCAAGAAAAACUGGGGACAAGACCCAAUGAAGCUAAAACAAAUAGAUAUUUAACAAAAGAAGAAGAAUUGCAUGGUAAGGAUGAUGUUUUCAAGGCAGUUUAUUACCCUACUUCUCCACCUCUUCAUGAAAUUUCUGAAGAAGAGGAAGAUCCUUUUUUGGAAUCCAAAACAGCUACUGGAAUUCCUCCACAACUCAUUGACUCCACCAAAGGCAUAGAAGAAGAAUACAUAUACCUUUCUUCAGGCACUGAACCAACAAGAAUAACGACUACUGGCCAUAGUGAGGAAGAUUUCUUAUUGUCUCCUUUUAAACCUAAUCAGGAAUCUGAUGACUUUUGGAGUACAGUUCUUACAACUUCUUCAGCACAGCUGGUUACAGAGGAGAGCUCCCAAGAUCUUCCUUCAGGAAGCCCAGAUACAAGCAUUCAUGAUGUUCUUUCCCAAGGCUCCAUUAAGUAUGUUUCAGAAGGUGUAGCACCCUCAAGCUCUGAUGAGUCUCCAAAGCAUACUUCUUCCACUGUUGGAAACGUAUGGUUCCGUAAUGCUACAGAUCAGACAACUCAAUCUGUUGAUACAUCGGAUAAGAGGCAAUUGUCUCAGACCAUUUACACUGAUGCUUAUGUAGAGGGAUUAAAGCCAGCUACAGUGCCCUAUUCCAGCAGCCUAUUGGUUUCACAAGACACUUCACAUGCGGAUUUAGAAUUGCCACAUUAUUCUACCUUUGCUUUCUCCUCUGCUGAAUUAUCACCUCACUCUAUCCCUUCAAGCUCUGGAGAAUAUGGUUCUGCUUCUGCUGCCAGUGAGGUACUCUCUCAGACAACUCAACCAGUCUAUAAUGAGGCAAGUAAUAUUAGCCAUGAGUCUCGUAUCGGUCUAGCUGAGAGUCUGGAAUCAGAGAAGAAGACAGUUAUACCACUUGUGGUCGUAUCAGCCCUGACUUUUAUCUGUCUAGUGAUUCUUGUGGGUAUUCUCAUAUACUGGAGGAAAUGUUUCCAGACUGCUCACUUUUAUUUAGAAGAUAACACAUCCCCUCGAGUGAUUUCUGCUCCCCCUGCUCCAAUCUUCCCAGUCUCAGAUGAUGUUGGAGCAAUUCCAAUAAAGCAUUUUCCAAAACAUGUUGCAGAUUUACAUGCAAGUAAUGGUUUUUCUGAAGAAUUUGAGGAAAUCCAGAGCUGUACUGUAGAUCUAGGUAUUACAUCAGACAGCUCUAAUCACCCUGACAACAAGAAUAAGAAUCGAUACAUAAACAUUGUUGCUUAUGAUCAUACUAGGGUUAAAUUAGCACAGCUUGGAGAAAAGGACGGAAAACUGACUGAUUACAUUAAUGCCAACUACGUUGAUGGUUACAACAAGCCAAAAGCCUACAUUGCAGCUCAAGGGCCACUAAAAUCGACAGCAGAAGAUUUCUGGAGAAUGAUAUGGGAACAUAACAUAGAAGUUAUUGUGAUGAUAACUAAUCUUGUCGAGAAAGGAAGGAGAAAAUGUGACCAGUACUGGCCUGCUGAAGGUAGUGAAGAAUAUGGGAACUUCUUAGUAACUCAGAAGAGUGUUCAUGUACUUGCCUAUUACACUGUGAGGAAUUUUACUCUUAGAAACACCAAGAUCAAAAAGGGUUCCCAGAAGGGGAGGUCUAGUGGACGUAUAGUAACUCAGUACCAUUAUACCCAGUGGCCUGACAUGGGUGUCCCUGAAUACACGCUGCCUGUUCUCACCUUCGUGCGGAAGGCAUCGCAUGCCAAGCGCCACGCUGUCGGGCCUGUUGUGGUUCAUUGCAGUGCUGGUGUUGGAAGGACAGGCACAUACAUAGUGUUAGACAGCAUGCUGCAGCAAAUUCAGCAUGAAGGGACAGUCAACAUAUUUGGAUUCUUAAAACACAUACGUACCCAAAGGAACUACUUGGUGCAGACUGAGGAGCAAUACAUCUUCAUUCAUGAUGCCUUGGUCGAAGCAAUACUCAGUAAAGAAACAGAAGUCCUUGAGACUCACAUUCAUGCCUAUGUUAAUGCCCUCUUGAUACCUGGACCAACAGGAAAGACCAGACUGGAGAAACAAUUCAAGUUACUGAGCCAGUCUAACACACACCAGUGUGAUUAUUCAACUGCACUCAAACAGUGCAACAGAGAAAAGAACCGAACUUCAUCCAUCAUUCCUGUGGAAAGAUCUAGAGUGGGUAUCUCAUCACUGUCUGGUGAAGGGACAGACUACAUCAAUGCUUCUUAUAUUAUGGGUUAUUAUCAGAGUAAUGAAUUCAUUAUUACCCAGCAUCCCUUACUACACACUAUCAAGGAUUUCUGGAGAAUGAUAUGGGACCAUAAUGCCCAGCUAAUAGUCAUGCUUCCUGACAGCCAGAAUAUGGCUGAAGAUGAAUUUGUAUACUGGCCAAACAAAGAUGAGCCUAUAAACUGUGAGACCUUCAAAGUUACGAUGAUUGCUGAAGAACACAGGUGUUUGUCUAAUGAGGAGAAGCUCAUAAUCCAAGACUUUAUUUUAGAAGCUACACAGGAUGACUAUGUACUUGAAGUGAGGCAUUUUCAGUGUCCAAAAUGGCCAAAUCCUGAUAGUCCUAUUAGUAAAACAUUUGAACUGAUCAGCAUCAUCAAAGAGGAAACUUCCAACCGUGAUGGACCCAUGAUUGUACAUGAUGAGCAUGGCGGGGUGACAGCAGGCACUUUCUGUGCGUUAACAACACUGAUGCAUCAACUGGAAAAUGAAAAUUCAGUGGAUGUUUACCAGGUAGCGAAGAUGAUCAAUUUGAUGAGGCCUGGAGUCUUUACAGACAUUGAACAGUACCAGUUUCUGUACAAAGCUAUUCUCAGCCUUGUCAGCACAAGGCAAGAAGAAAACCCUUCAGCAUCUAUGGACAGUAAUGGCUCAGCUUUACCUGAUGGAAAUGCAGCUGAAAGUUUAGAAUCUUUAGUUUAAUUGCACAUCAAACACACACAUACCUAUGUCACUCCAGGUACACCUGGAGUUUACCAUUGUUAUUUUCAGUUUUAUACUUUGUGGGGGGGAGGACUCUGUCCAGUCACUAUAUCUAUAACCAGAUCCCAGCUGUUGCCCAGUCAUUUCUGUUACGUACAACUUUACUGUGGAACUUCUAUCAUUAACAAUUUGUGCCUUUUCUUGGAAGAUUUCUUGUAAUAUGUUGUUACGUCUGGACUAACUUGAUUGACUUUUACAGUGUUUCUAAGAAUUGAAUUGUGGUAUGUUUUUUCAGUAUUAGUUUUUGAUUUAUCUGGCUUUACUUUGAACUUAAAAUUAUCAUAUUUAUAGAUGUUAGGGGUUUCUCAAUUACAAACGUCAUGGGUUUAGUAUUUGAUUGAUUUGCUGUAUUUAUAACAAUUUACAUUUGCUAGAAAUAUAACUUUUAAUAUAGUAGAAUGUAAAUAAAAUACUGUUCUCCAUAACAUUCAACAUUUUAAGACUUCAAUUAGACAUUUAGAAUAGUAAUCUGAUACUUACUGUAAAUACUGCUACUUCUGUAGUGAUCAUGGACCAAAUUUAUAUUUAUAAUUGUAGAUUUUUUAUAUUUUACUACAGAGUCAGUUUUCUAGUUCUGUGUAACUGCCUUGUUAAAAUGCUGUAGUUGGGUAUGUUUUUAUUUUAACAAAGUCUUCUGAUAUAUAAUUGUGCAUCUUAAGCAAUUAACCUUCAUAAAGCUGCAUGUGAUUUUAACUUUUUGUGGGAAAUAAUAGAAAUCAUUCGUUUUGAAAUGAGAAGUUUUUAUGAGAAUAACACCUGUACUUGGCAUUGUUAAACUGUUUUUACCUAUGGCAUUGCAAAAAUAAAUAUAAAUAUUCCAGUC